UGAGAGAAAUCAAUCAGAGAGAGAGAGACAAAGCAGUGCAAAAAAAAAAAGGGUUAGGGGUUUCUGGAAUCGGAGAAGAAACGAUGUGGCACGAAGCGAGGAGGUCGGAGAGGAAAGUCCACGACAUGAUGGACGCCGCUCGCAAACGAGCUCAACGACGUGCCGUUUUCCUCGCCAAACGCCGCGGCGAUCCCCAGCAGUCCAUCCAGGUCGUCGGCUCCCGCUGCCGCCUCUACCGCGACGACGGCCUUUACCAAGCCACCGAGGACCAGCAAGGCCUGAUUCCUUGGAAUGGAAAACAGGAUGUGUUAAUUGACAGAUUUGAUGGGCGCGCGCUUCUCGAUUUUAUUCGAGAGUCUAAGCAUUUUCGUGUUCAAGAGAAGUCGGAAGAGGAGGAAGAGUUAGAAGAGUUUGUUAAUUUUGAGCGUUAUCGGGAUUUAAUUAAGCAUCGUCGUAGAGGAUUUACUGAUGAUGAGGGUUUGCUACACGUGAAUCAAGAGAUGGAGGCCAAGGUUACUGCUCCAUUUGCACCUGAGAGGUCUCAGCCGCAACAAGCUUCUGCCACCAAGGGUUCUUAUUCCCAAGUUGGGUUCUCUUAUGGUGGGGAUGGAAAAGAGGACGCCCAGUAUUCAGAUGCUGAUGAAGACGAUGAGGAUGAUGACGAUGACGAAGAUGAGGAUGAUUUCAACUCUGAUGAUAGCAGUGAUGAAGGAAUGGAUAAAAUAGCAAAAGAAUUUGGAAUCAAGAGGUAUGGUUGGCUUGUCUACAUGGAUAAGAAAGCCAAGGAGGAGGAGAAAAGGCAAAAGGAAGUGAUCAAAGGCGAUCCGGCAAUUAGGAAGAUGAGUCGCAAGGAAAGAAGGAAGGUUUCUCAGAUAGAAAGGGAGAGAGAAAGAGAAACUGCCCGGGUAACCGGAACUCGUGUUCUCCAACAUGAUCCAUACCGUGAAAGCAGGCGAAGUCCAACAUAUGAAGCUUAUCCUCGUUCAAGAAGAUCAAGAUCUCGAUCACCAUCAUACUCAAGGCGUCAUCCUCAUGGACGACAUUCUGAUGCUCAUAGAAGCAAACCAACGACUUCUAAAAUAGAAUACAUUACAGAAUUUGGGGGCUCAGGCGAUAAGGAAGAAUCAAAGCGUGAAGGGUUUUCUCCACCACAAUCUCCUCGCUCACAGACUGAUGUGUUAAACCGGUCUUCAACUGGUGUAAUACUUGAGGCUCUGCAUGUCGAUCCUGCAUCCGGUGCAUUGCUUGACAAGGAUAAGAGCACUAAAGUGGUGAAGCCAUCAGCAAGCACAUCUUCAGCAUUAGCAAAGUUAAGUAAGACAAGUACUUCUGUGGGGUCACUGAAGCAGCAACCAGCAGAGAAGAAAGAAACUCCUCAAGAAAGACUUAAAAGGAUUAUGAGCAAGCAGCUGAACAAACAGAUUAAGAAAGAUACUGCCGCUGAAAUGGCUAAAAAGCGAGAGCAGGAGCGCCAGAGGCUGGAAAAACUUGCCGAAACAAGCCGGUUAAGUCGAUCUAGGUGCCAUAGUCGUAGCAGGAGCUACAGCCGUUCUCCACCAAGAAGACACCGACGCAGUAGAAGUCCAAGUCGAAGCAGGAGUUCCCGACGACAUUACUCCCGUUCUAGGUCAAGGUCCCGCUCCCGGUCUCGUUCUCACUCCAGGUCUCGCUCCCGUACCCGUACUCGCUCACGCACAUACUCCCGCUCACCAAGGGUAACAAGCCGUUCAAGAUACUGAUGGAUAUCUCAGGAGGGUGAUCAGUGUGCUUCGAAUGCUAAUAUUUGGGUCUUGUACUCGUAGGAGUUGAAAUGGCCCUUAUUUACCUACUUUCCUAGGUUUGUUGGUUUCAGAAUAGGUGUGCGAAAAGAAUAGGUGUGCGAAACUUUAUUGUAUAUGGAAUCUAUAAUAAAAUUGUGUUGUGUUCUUUUGUCA